AUGACGUCAUCUACAUAUCGAUCAUCGAAUGAAACUAUUACUAGUAAAUUUAAUUUUUGUGAAGAGAUUUUCACUGAAACGUUUCUCACCGAGAAGGAACAGUUCGAAAAGCGGAAAACAGAGGGCGAUCUUCUAUUCAUGCAAGUUCCACUGUUGGAGAUCGAUGGAUUAAAACUGGUACAGCGUGAUGCCAUUAUUCGUUAUAUUGCCCGCAAAUAUGGAUUGUAUGGCAACACACUUGACGAGCAGACAAAAGUUGACGUGCUGUAUGAAGGAGCCAAAGACUUCCUAUUCUCAUUUAUGUCCUUUGGAUUUUAUGGAGAUGACGAAAAGGUUAUGGAAAACAUUAAAUCUAAAACCCUGCCACGAUAUCUGCCGAUAUUUGAACGUUUACUGAGUGAAAGUUCAUCUGGUUAUUUAGUGGGCGAUGGAUUGACUUAUGCUGAUCUAUGCUUGUUAGAAGCAUUACUUGUUACGGAGGAAUAUUUCCCGGAAUUGCUAUCAGAUUAUGACAAAUUAAAGGAUUUCAAAGUCAAGAUAUCAUCGUUACCAAGGAUAAAAGCAUUCUUAGAAGGGCCUCAGCGAAAGAGGAAAAAUACGCCAGAGUAUUGUGGAACGGUAAAAGAAGUCUACUACAAGUGUAGCUCAACGUCAUUCCAGCUCCAAGAACUGGUCACUAAGAGAUAUUUUCGGAACCUGUCUGGUCUCGUUGUUCUUCCUUGUACAUGUACAACAACUGAUUAA